AUAAACAAAUACAGGGAUUCAUAUAUAUUGUAUAAUCAGCGUGUUGGAUCAUACAGAACGAAAUCCAACGUCGAUCGCAACGCCAUGGAUCGCCCCCAGGCUGUUACACCGUUAAAUCCAAAGCCCUUCCUUGCUAAACUGGUCGGACAAAACGUAUUUGUAACUUUAAAAUGGGGAAUGGAAUAUAAAGGAUUCCUAAAGUCAUUUGACAGUUAUAUGAAUAUUGAGCUCGAAAAUGCCGAAGAAUGGGAAAACGGAGUUAUGAAAGGCACCCUCGGCGGUACAAUUCUUAUAAGGUGUAACAAUGUUUUGCACAUUCGAGCUGCUGAGUAACUAAUAUCUUAUAUAUCCCAAUAUAAACCCAUUUGAAAUCGCAACACUGAGCUAUAUAAUUUAGCAUAUUUACUGCA